AUGGGAUACCCUCACAUCAUCGUCACAGGCGACUCUAUCGCACAGGGAUCGUUUGCGCCAGGUGGUUAUGGCGCCGCACUCGCACAGAGGUACGCUGGCAAGGCUGAUGUUCUCAACCGAGGCAUGGGAGGUUACAACAGCCACCAGCUUCUGCUCAAGCUACGGUCGGACCUGCUCCCCGCAGGUGUCCACCCCUUGUUGUUUGUGGUCCACAUUGGUACCAACGACAGCGCGCUUGACGGGUCGCAGACGGUAGGCACUUUCCAAUUCUGUAAAGCACAACUGACAGUCCAGGUUUCGGUAAACGAUUACCGCACCAACCUGACCUCCAUCGUGGGCGAGCUCAAAUCCAGCUACCCGGCUGCUGCUAUCGUGCUCCUCACGCCGUCCACGUUGAACGUUGCGGUCACCCGCGCUGCAGAGGACUCUAUGGAUCUACCCGAGGACUUGCGUCACUACCGUCAGCCCGAUAACACUGAGCAUUAUGUCAACGCAUGUGUUGGCGUGGGCGAAGGAGCAGGGGUUCCAGUGAUCAACGUGUUUGACCUGCACGAGGCGGCGGUUGCCGUUGGCGACAAGUUGGAAGACUUGUUCUCCGACGGAUUGCACUUUACUGCCAAGGGUUACGAAAUUGUUACUCGGGCUCUCCUCAAAACAAUUGAUUCCCGUUACCCAGACUUGAGGCCACUGAAGAUGUCCGAGGCCUUCCCGGCGUUCUUCUCCUACACACACGACACCGAGCCCGAAGGCUCAAAAGGGCAGCGCGCGAAUGCCAUCUUUACUCGCCUCCGUGCAAUGUAUGAGGCGGAGGCUCUGGCUGAGGAGGAAGCAAAGGAGGCAGCGGCCACGAAGGGAGGAUGA